GUCGUGUUGAGAAGGCGGUAUUUUACCGAACGCUCUCGCAGAAAAAGCAGAAGUGAGUGAAUACACAACAACACAGGGAAGCGAAAUCUCGCAUCCGGUGGAAAUUGACAAAUCCGUGACCACCUACGUGACCUACAACAACGAAAUUGAUAAAGAAGAAUAAUCAGAUUGCAUCGUGUUGCCCGGAUUAAUUAGGCUAUAAAAUUGCACUGAUUUCCGGUGAUAAGACAAGUGUCCGUGGCUGUGGUGAUUAUACUGAUAUCAAUUCUUAGCCCAGCGGUACGAAAGCGCGUUUUCGAGUGAACCUAUAUAAAAGAAGCACACUGAAUCUUGUGAGAUAGGCAGAAAAAUGAUCGAUAAUAUGGAAUCGAAGAUAACGUUCGAAAUACCGAACCACCUGGAUUUCGAUAGAUUUAUUCGGGGAAACAACUACUCUUCGUUUUGGCACAAUCUACACCAGCAGCAGCAGGAAGCUGCGGCCAGAGCCAUGGGAAUGGGAUCUCUUGGAACGGCCAGUGCAUCACUGAUGGGAGAUUACAACUCCAGCGAUCUCAACCUGUUGAAUAGUUUGCAGAAUUUCGCUAGCCGCGGUGGACCGGUAGGGUUCGCUGCUGACGGAAGCGAACAGCUGCUGGAUCCCACCUACGAGCGAUUCAUCGGAGACGUAUGGGUGGGCAUCGUGCUGACACUGAUGAUCCUAUCAUCCGUUUUCUGCAUGUGUUCCUGCUUCCUGUAUCACAAGUUUCGACAGUGGCAACGAAGUGUUCUAACCGCCAGGUCACAGACGUUUUCCUCGACGGACCUCGAGACACCUCCACCGUAUGAUGUAGAAUCCCUGCCGAGCUAUACGAUUGUAUCCGGUCUGCCGAGCUACAAUGACGCGAUCGAGCAGCUCAAGCAGAAAAGCAGUGUGGCCAACUUAGAACCGGUCAAAAUCCACCGGCCUUCGGUGAUUAGACUGUUCGAGUCUCAGUCCCAGGAUUUGCUCGCUGGGGCAAAGCUGGAGGAAAUCCGGUAUAACUUUGCGAGCAAUCGCACGACAAGCAUCGUGUCGGAAAAUGGCACCGAAGUAACGCCGACUACGAGUAGCAGCAAUACGGUGAACGUGACGACGGUAGCAGUUCCGAGCUACAAGAGCCAAUUUUCCACCACCGAGGUGAUCCCGAAAAAGUUUACUGUGAGCAGUUAUAGUGUAGAAAAUGAACGAACAGGUAGCUAAGUAACGGGUAGAAACUGUACCUUUUGCAAAAAGGGCUAUUCACAAGACGAGACUAUGACUGUGUUAUUAAUCAUUAAUUUAUUCCAUUAGAUGCGAUUUUAGUGCAUAGUUAGGAUUUUAAGAUGACGAACCUUAACGAGAUGGGUAAUAUUUACUACUACUUUGCGCCAGUUUCGUUGCUCGCAAGCAAAUUUCUGAGAACGGUUAUCUCAGUUGAACAAACCAAUUAUAAACGUGUAGAUAAUGAAAAAUUUCCUUAAAUCAAAGACUUAAAUGGCAUUAAGUGGAAAUUAGGCUAACGACCAAUAGAGAAAAUUGAAUUACACUUAC